CCACUGUUUCUUGGGGACUUGUCUUAAUUCUAAAUACUAAACCUUGAAACAUUAAACAAAUAGCUGAAUGUCAAAGUCAUUUAUGCAGAGACAAAAAAAAAAAAAAAAAAGGAAUGGAAAAAUCCAAAGCUAAAAGAAAUGAAAUGCAAACAAACUCAAAAUGAUCCAAAACAGUGCUAAAUUUUAUGCCCUUGUCUUCACAGCCUGUAAUGUAAAAGGCUCUGAAAAUUCACAAUAAGCCGACAGUUGCAGAUAAUUCCAAGCAAACCCAUGUAUUUUUUCUGAGAAAAUUCUGCCCAAAUUUUGUUGGAUUUUAGUUUACUAUCAUGUGGGACUCGGAGAGUGAAUCUGUUGGUGGUCGAGGUUAUGGUAAUGGAGUUCUUGGCUCAAGCAAGCAUGGUUUCAAGACUGAUGGAUUUGAGCUCAGGGGCCAGUCAUGGUAUGUUGCAGCUGAUAUUCCUAGUGAUUUUUUAGUUCAGAUUGGAGAUGUGCAUUUCCAUUUGCAUAAGUAUCCGCUGCUUUCUCGGAGUGGAAAGAUCAAUAGACUAAUAUAUGAAUCACGCGACCCAGACCUGAAUAAGAUAGCAUUAGAUGAUCUUCCAGGAGGACCUGAGGCAUUUGAGCUUGCAGCAAAGUUCUGCUACGGAAUUGCUGUUGAUCUAACAGCAGGCAAUAUCUCUGGGCUUCGAUGUGCUGCAGAGUACCUGGAAAUGACAGAGGACUUAGAAGAAGGUAAUCUUAUAUUUAAAACUGAAGCUUUUCUGAGUUAUGUGGUGUUAUCAUCAUGGAGGGAUUCUAUAUUAGUACUGAAAAGCUGUGAGAAGCUCUCACCAUGGGCGGAGAACCUUCAGAUUGUUAGGAGAUGCAGUGAAUCCAUUGCUUGGAAGGCUUGUGCCAAUCCGAAAGGGAUAAAGUGGGCAUACACUGGAAACCCUCCUAAAGUUUCUAGUAAAAAAUGGAAUGAUAUGAAGGAUUCAAGUCCAAGUAGAAAUCAGUUGGUUCCUCCUGAUUGGUGGUUUGAGGAUGUUUCGAUCCUUAGGAUUGAUCACUUUGUUAGGGUCAUUACUGCAAUCAAGGUAAAGGGAAUGAGGUUUGAAUUGAUUGGAGCUUCAAUAAUGCAUUAUGCAGCCAAAUGGCUACCUGGUUUGAUUGAGGACGGUGCAGGGUCUGUUGAUGAAGGAAGCAAUAGCAGCAAUAGUAGUAGCAGCAGUUGGAAAGGUGGUCUCCAUAUGAUUGUGGCAGGAACUAAAGAUGAUCAUCCAUCAGUUCAAGCCAAAGAUCAGCGUAUGAUCAUUGAGAGCCUCAUCAGCAUAAUUCCCCCACAGAAGGAUAGUGUCUCCUGCAGCUUCCUCCUUCACCUUCUGAGAAUAGCAAACAUGUUGAAAGUGGCACCUGCAUUGGUUACUGAAUUAGAGAAACGUGUGGGGAUGCAGUUUGAACAGGCAACAUUGGCUGACCUUCUAAUUCCUUCUUACAAUAAGAGUGAGACUUUGUUUGAUGUGGACCUCAUUCAGAGGCUUUUGGAGCAUUUUCUGGUUCAAGAACAGACAGAAAGUUCAAGUCCAAGUAGACAAGCAUUUUCUGACCAAAGGGGUAUUAAUCCAAGUGCUAAAAUGAGAGUGGCUAGGCUUGUUGACAGUUAUCUCACAGAGGUUUCCAGAGACAGAAACCUCUCACUAACAAAGUUUCAGGUACUCGCAGAAGCUUUGCCUGAAUCCGCAAGAACAUGUGAUGAUGGGCUUUAUCGAGCAAUUGAUUCUUAUCUUAAGGCACAUCCAACACUCUCUGAGCAUGAAAGAAAGCGCCUAUGCCGUGUGAUGGACUGUCAAAAACUCUCAAUUGAUGCAUGUAUGCAUGCUGCUCAAAAUGAGAGACUACCACUUAGGGUUGUGGUGCAAGUACUCUUUUCUGAACAGGUAAAGAUUAGUAAUGCAAUAGCCAAUAGCUCCCUGAAAGAAGCUGGUGGAACACAGUACCAACUCAUGAUACCGAACCGAAAAACACUACUUGAAGGCACACCACAAUCAUUUCAAGAAGGAUGGACAGCUGCUAAGAAGGACAUCAACACACUCAAAUUUGAACUCGAAACUGUGAAGACUAAGUACCUUGAGCUCCAAAACGACAUGGAGAAUUUGCAGAGACAGUUCGAUAAGAUGAUAAAUAAGAAAACAUCAGCAUGGACUAGUGGAUGGAAGAAGCUAAGCAAAUUCACCAAGACGACAACCAUAGAAAACCAUGAUAUUGGAUCCCAUUCCAAGGUCCCAGCAGCUACCAUAGAACAGACUAGCAAGACCCCAAGAAGGUGGAGAAAUUCAAUUUCCUGAGACACAAAAUAAUAUUCCAAGAGGAAUACCUUUACAUUUGCACUAUUAUUCUCUCUUCUUUUUUUGUUUCUUUGGCAAGUCAGAGUUCUCUUUAUUUUCUAUUCUUUUUUUUCACCUUUAUUAUAAAUUUUUUAGCAAUCAAUUCACCCCAAAAAAACAGGAAGUACAAUUUGUCACCAAAAUCUGUUCAUGUCAUCUGUGAGUCUGUCACUUCUUAUUUUAAGUGCACUUGGUUCUUAAGGGAUGAAGAUACUUCCAAUUGUCGUCUACCAUGGUGAAAUACAAAGUAGCUCUGCGUUUACUCUUUUCCCUA